AUGUCCAGUGUUGCAGCCAGCGCAAGCGCAAGUCUGAACCCUCUAAGCAUCGACGUGCAGAAUAAGUGGAGCGACGAGCUCAACUUGGCCAUGCACGACAAUGACUCUGGGCGCUUCACUCGUCUAGAGGAGCUCGAAACUGCGCACAGAGAGGCUGAGUACGACAGAGGUGUGGCAGAAGAGCGCGUUAGAGCCAGCGAAAGGGCACGCCAGCGCUUGUCCUUCAUCCAAAUCCGACGUGAUCUUUCUACUGCUGCAGCUGCUGGGCUGACCAUCCCAGACGAGAGCACUGGAUACUGGCUCGAAGCGCGUAACAGCGAGCGCAGCAAAGUCAACAGCCAAAUGUUCUCGGCGCUCUUCGAACGUAUCAAAGAUGUUGCUCCAGAGCAGCUGAAGCAAGCUUGUGCCGAUGUUGAAAGGGAAUUCGGCAUCGAGCGUGCGCCAAAAGACUCUGAAGUCCAAGCAGAGACCAACCAUAAGAGCAAGACCAGACGAGGCAAGAAACGCCCUCGCCUUGCAAAAAGCCCAAGUCCAUUUCCAACUCAGAAGUUGGCAGAUUCGGAGGCGGGCGACCGUACUCACGCACAAGAACGUCAAUCAAGCAUAGGAAAGAAGGCAGAAGACUCAGUGACACGUCCUCUAGAUCUCCAUUCCGUUCACUCUCGGGCAGCACGUGGAGCAAGCUCUUACCACGCAUCGGAGCUUCGCAGCGGCACCAGGUGGUCUGAGGCUGGCUCCUCUUCAGCGCCUCUCGACAAACUUGACUCUUCAUCUCGCUCGUUGGACGCGGCAACUUCGACACCCAUAUCGAGACGCGUAGCACUCCAAAUGCAGUCAGCGACGUCAGCCUCUCUACGAUCCUACGCCGGCAUGGCUGCCUCGCCACCCGCACUCGAGAAUUCAAGUUUCAAGCAGCAUUUGCAAUCUCCACGAGGCAACGGGGACCCUUCCUCUCCUCAGCACGGGUCUUCACUGGCUACAUGCAGCUCCUCUACCGAGCUCGACGUGGACAAGGAUGAGGAUCUUGUGGGCCUAGGUGUACAGCUGGGUAUUUCGUAUUUUUGCACCCUCGACAAUAUCAGAUAUGAGAGCCUGAUAUCCUUUGGUGUGAGGCAAUUCAGCGUUCGCUCUUGUUCGAUGCUGGAUACGGAGGUUUACCCGGACUCUGACCCUGCGAAGAAGGAGUCGGGUGCUAAGCAGGCCAUGAAGCCUCAGUCAUACUCAAAGCACGGCAACCUCUCAAUUUGUUCCUUUCCGAAUACUCCGAGAACCUGGCUCACCACGUGGAUGUCGUAGGCCCUCGGGAAAAUCGUGCCUGUCCACCA